AUGUGCGUCAAGUAUGUCUCGAGCACGGGCAAACAUCUGAAAGUCUUGCUGAUCAGCGGCAGUGUGUGGAAACCCUUGCAUGGCCCCGUCAUAGACUGGCCCUUGGGCCUUUGCGAUGUCAAGUCGGUCAACAAGGAAAGAGACUUUGUUGCUUCAGAUGUGGUCUCUCGAACCGGAUACACCGAGAACUAUCUGGUCUACUACAACCCUGAACACCGAUGGUACUAUCUGAGAAACCAGACAGCAUCUGAACUGGUGCUCUUCGGCCAAACAGAUAAUCAGUCAGACUCCUUCAUCGGCGUACCCCACGCCGGGUUCGAAGCCCCGCAUUCCGCUUCUCAGGCGAAGCCGAGAGAAAGCAUCGAAGCGAGAGCAUUCAUCUACUACGAAUGA